AUGGCAAACAAGUUUCUUUUACGUGACGUGGCUUGCGACGUGACUGGUGACGUGGCUGGCGACGUGGCUGGCGACGUGACUGGUGACGUGGCUGGCGACUUGGCUAGGGGCGUGACUGGUUACGUGACUGGUGACGUGGCUGGUGUCGUGGCUAGCGAUGUGACUGGUGACGUAGCUGGUGACGUGACUGGUGACGUGGCUGGCUACUUGACUAGGGAUGUGACUGGUGACGUGGCUAGUGAUGUGACUGGUGACGUAGCUGGUGACGUGACUGGUGACGUGGCUGGCUACUUGACUAGGGAUGUGACUGGUGACGUGGCUGGUGACGUGGCUAGUGAUGUGACUGGUGACGUAGCUGGUGACGUGACUCGUGAAGUAGCUGGCUACUUGGCUAGGGAUGUGACUGGUGACGUGACUCGUGACGUGGCUGGUGACGUGGCUGGCUACUUGACUAGGGAUGUGACUGGUGACGUGGCUGGUGACGUGGCUAGUGAUGUGACUGGUGACGUAGCUGGUGACGUGACUGGUGACGUGGCUGGCUACUUGACUAGGGAUGUGACUGGUGACGUGGCUGGUGACGUGGCUAGUGAUGUGACUGGUGACGUAGCUGGUGACGUGACUGGUGACGUGGCUGGUCACUUGACUAGGGAUGUGACUGGUGACGUGGCUGGUGACGUGGCUAGUGAUGUGACUGGUGACGUAGCUGGUGAUGUGACUGGUGACGUGGCUGGCUACUUGACUAGGGAUGUGACUGGUUACGUGACUGGUGACGUGGCUAGUGAUGUGACUGGUGACGUAGCUGGUGACGUGACUGGUGAAGUAGCUGGCUACUUGGCUAGGGAUGUGACUGGUGACGUGGCUGGUGACGUGGCUAGUGAUGUGACUGGUGACGUAGCUGGUGACGUGACUGGUGACGUGGCCGGCUACUUGACUAGGGAUGUGACUGGUGACGUGGCUGGUGACGUGGCUAGUGAUGUGACUGGUGACGUAGCUGGUGACGUGACUGAUGAAGUAGCUGGCUACUUGGCUAGGGAUGUGACUGGUGACGUGACUCGUGACGUGGCUGGUGACGUGGCUAGUGAUGUGACUGGUGACGUAGCUGGUGACGUGACUGGUGACGUGGCUGAUUACUUGACUAGGGAUGUGACUGGUGACGUGGCUGGUGACGUGGCUAGUGAUGUGACUGGUGACGUAGCUGGUGACGUGACUGGUGACGUGGCUGGCUACUUGACUCGGGAUGUGACUGGUGACGUGGCUGGUGACGUGGCUAGUGAUGUGACUGGUGACGUAGCUGGUGAUGUGACUGGUGACGUGGCUGGCUACUUGACUAGGGAUGUGACUGGUUACGUGACUGGUGACGUGGCUAGUGAUGUGACUGGUGACGUAGCUGGUGACGUGACUGGUGAAGUAGCUGGCUACUUGGCUAGGGAUGUGACUGGUGACGUGACUCGUGACGUGGCUGCAGCUAGUGUCAAAGAUGAGAGGAUGAAGUCGAUACAAUUCAGUUCAACAAAGAAGAUUGAAGUAGGUGGAGAAGGCAGUUUCAAGCCUGAUAAAGUCACAAAAGUGAGUUAUACAGAGCACCCAAUAAUGUUCCCAGAGGACAAUCCUGGACGGAAGAUCCAGGAAGAGGACAACGACAUGAACCGCAACAUAUUCGACGCUCCCAGGAUAGCAUGUCCUCCCGGAACCAAACCGGACAACAAAGGACGAUGCCGGAACUUGGAUUGA